UGGUGGUGAAAAUUUUUUCGGGUGAAACCAAUUUGGGGCGAUCCAGCCAUCAGUAGCGACCAGCGUACAGGCCAAAUCGCUUUUCUCCUCGAGCUUCUCGCGGUGUGCGUGCACCACACACGGGCACACAGGCGGAUUUUCCACUACGCUCGUCGCAGCCGUCACAAAUCCCGGACCCCGUUACGGGCGGAAUCGGAAACGGAAGGCGAAACCCGUUUGCCAAGCGGGUUUGGCCCUUUUUUGGGAGGCUCCAGUGUUUCAGCGCUCCAGUGUUCCUUGCGUUCUGGUACCUUGUGCAACUGUUCCAAUUCACCAAUUGUGCGGGUGUGCGUGUGUGUGCAAAUGCAUCCGUAGUAGCGUCGACGUCGGUGUAAUUCAGCAGUGAAACGCAUUUUUCGCAACAAAAAAGUGUACGUGAAAUACAGACUCCAGUUUCUCCAUAUCGCCAUUCUGUGUGUGUCGCCAAACAAAGGAGCGCCAGCUGGUGCAGUUUCCUUCUGCGAUGGUAGUGUUGGUGCUGUGUGUGUGAAUGUGAAUGCGCUGUGCUAAUCGGUGUGUGAAGUGAGUGAAUCCCGUACUCUGCCCCAUGGCGAGAUGGCUGACGACGACGAGUGCGUGCUGACUGAUCGAAUCAUUGAUUGCAACUGCUGCUGCUGCAACCGUCGCCGCCGUCGUCAUUGCAUCGACUAAUCUGUCUGUUAAUGAGAUGGAAAUUGUAAAAAUCCAUCCAUCGAUUACCCAUUCCCUUGCAGUGCAUCAUACAGUGGGAGUGUGCAAAGCUGCACUAAUGCAUCUAAACACACAUAUGCUAGGAUCCGAAAUUCGCAGGAAUAUCAAAAAUGAGUAGAAACGAUGAAGUAAAACAAUACAUUGAGCGGUCAAAGUGCAAGUUCAAGGUACAAUGGGUUUAGUGCAUUUGUGGUACAACGAAAGUGGUCGAUACUAUGUAAAGCUCAAGGGCUAAGGAUCAUGCACGAGCGGUCAGCAUUGGGUGGCAAAAAGAAGUGUGAUUUCGCAAGGAAAAAAUGGAAACCAUAUCAAAGCUUUAUCCUCCGUAAGGCGUCAAAGUGCAGCGAACAGUAGUGAAGCCGCUACACUAACAAAGCAGUAUUCGAUCCAUUCAUAAUGAAAGCCAACGAACCAACCCAGUCAACCCAGCACAGUGUACAGCUAACCAUGCAUCAUACGUCUUGAGCCGUUGGUAGGUCGGUGGUGCCGACUUGGCAACACGCCACAGCUUCCAUCGCUGGCCUUUGCGUUAGACGGCAAGCGAUUGUUAUCGGUUGGUGGGCUGCGCAGUAGCAGCAGCAGUAGCAGCAGCAGCAUCCUCAUCAACUGGCACUACCCGCAGCGACAGCAACCCACAUCCUCCGGUGACGUUGUGCUGAGAAGAUGUUCACCCAAACCAACCGCGACAUUCGAUUCUCCAGUGUAGCCAACGGUGACGAUAACGACGACGACGGUUCUAGCCAUCAUGGCCUGUCAGUGAGCCCAGUGCGCCCGGACCGAGCAUGGUGUGCUGCCGGAAGAUUGUGCUGCCGAGUGGGAACGAUCGCGAUCCACUAUCGCUGCAGCAGUGAACUCGAUGCAAGCGGCGAGCCGCAAGUGACGAACCGGCAUCAAUACUGGCCGAACGGUAUGGGUCGCGCAAUUGACGAGCCAUCGUUUGCCGAUCUGUUUCGUAAGAAGAAAAAGUGUUGACGGGGGUUGUCGGUGGUGUUGUGAAACCAGUGCGUGAAAUUGUAAAGUUUGAACAACAAUGAAUAUUUAAGCGAGAUCAGUGUGACCGAACCAGUGAGUGGAGAGUGCAGAUACAGUGUCGUGCAAAAAACGUAUGCAAAAAGUGCGGAAGUUCCAAUGCAAACCACAAAACACUGCUACAGUGCACAAAACACAUACACUAAGCCAAUAUACACAGUGCAUAUCUCAGUGUAGGUAGUGUUGUUCGCAAGAAACAGGAAAAAACACAUAUAAAACCCCAGUUUCACCAUCGAAUGUAAGAAAAACGGUUGAAAUGUGACAUAAAGAUCAAUCAGAUGAAAGUGAAAUAUUGAUUUGCAGCAAGUGUCGUUUGUGAUACAAGCGUGUACCGAUAGUGAGGCGUAGAAGCAGUGUAGUUCCAUUUGCAAGACAAACUGGCCAUUCUGCAGCCUGCCAGGUGGCCGGUUUAUCAAUAAACAAGGUGUGAAUCGAUGUUUUCGUACCUCAGGCUACAGUGGUUUGGUGUUUUGUGAAGAGUGACGAGCGGGGACAGUGUGACAAAUCGAGAGAGAGAGAGAAAAAAAACAGGAUACAGUUUCACAGUUCACAGAUCAAAAGGUGCAUUAGCAUCAACCGGAGAGCAAAAUGGACGACAUGCCCGAUCUGUCGCACCUAACGCAGGAGGAACGGGCCAUCAUCGAGGGAGUGAUGAUGCGCCAAAAGCAGGAGGAGGAACGGGAGAACGAGAUUAUGCGGCGCAAGCAGGACGAGGUGGCGACGCUUGUCGACUCGAUCCGGCAAAAGUCGGAGCAACAGAAGAAGGCCGGGGUCGAGCUGGAGGCCACGUGUCACAUCUGCCUGAAGACAAAGUUCGCGGACGGUAUCGGGCACAUCUGUCACUACUGCAACAUUCGCUGCUGUGCCAAAUGCGGUGGCAAAGUAACACUACGCAACAAUAAGGUCAUAUGGGUGUGCAUAGUGUGUAGGAAAAAGCAAGAGCUGCUGUCGAAAACGGGUCAGUGGAUGAACAAAAGCACCAGCCCGGACGGUGUGAUACGAAGACAGGAAGGCGACCCGAGGACGCUGCCCCAAACCAUGCUCGAUCCGCACGAUCCCUCCGACAAGCGUCCGAAGCUGGAGCGGGCCCGCAGCGCGGCAGAGAAGGAGAACAAUCCGAUGCAGCGGGCCAACAGCCAGCUGCGCCGGCAGUACAGCCAGCAGGAUCCGCCGACCCGCCGGCUGUCCCAGUCGGACGGCAGCGGGAUGGACAUGAUGAUGUCGCCCGGCCAUCACCAGCAGCAGAUCGGCCGGAUGCAGCAGAUGGGCCACGGGCAGGUGGGCGGCAUGUACGGUGGCCGGCCGGGGGCAGGCCAGCAGGGCUACGGCGGUGGCCCUUACGGGCAGCAUUCGCAGCUUCCCCAGCCACCGAUGCAUCAUGGUGGCGGUGGUGGUGGUCCGUACGGUGGUCAGCAUUCGAUGACUCCGCAGGUGCACAUAACCCAUGCCGGUGGCGGCGGCUAUGGGCACGAUGAUCCGAGCUACUAUCAGAGCGAAAUCGAAGAUCUCAUGCGAACCCAUCCGCAUCUGGUGCAUCCGAGGCAGCAGCAGCACUACGCCGAGUCGCUCCAGUCCAGCUCGGCUCACGGUAGCAGCGGCAUGGGAGGCGGAGGGGGCGGUGUUGGCAGUGGCGGUAUGCACCUACCACCGGAGCCCACGAAAUCGCACAAGCGACCGCUCGGUGGCCCGUACCUGCCCCAGCAACGCUCCUUCAGCAGCUCCGACGAGGACAUUCGCUCCACGCCGGAGUUCGAAGCCGGUCACCAAAGACAGUAUUUCGAUAAUCACACUCGACUGAACGCUAACCUUACUGACUAUCGAGCAACAAAGCUGGACGUGCAGCAACGCAACAGUUACAAUCGUACCAAUCACAACCGAUAUCAAUCACCGUCCCAGGCGGCGCCGCAUUCAUCCCAUCCGUAUCACUACCAGCCGUCGCAGGAUCCGCUCGGCCGGGACUACCAUCCACAGCAGCCACUGCCGCAGGUGGUGGUCGGCGACAGCACUAUCGCAGGCUACGAUAGUAUUAGCCACCAUCAUCACCAGCCCCAUCAGCCUCACCAGUCGCUUCACCAUCUGUCGGGUACGGUGGCACCGAGCCCGGUCACGAUACCGCAGGGCCUGCACGGUGGUAGCAGCGGGAGCAGCAGCAGCAGCCAGCAGCACCAUCCGUACCAGCAGCAGCCCCACCAGCAGCAGUGCAACAGCAGCAGCAGCGGUGGUUCCAGCCACAGUACCACGGGACAUCAUCCGGUGGCGCAGAACUCGCACGCACGGUACGGUACGAGUCCGGCCGGGACCGAGCAGCCGGAUCCGUACUGGGACGAGCCGGCGGACAGUCGGCGGUUUACCGAGCGCAGAAAGAAGACGGUCCGGUUCGAUGGGCAGGACUCGGACGACUGGUCCCGGUGGGAAUCGGAACGGCAGGGCAGCCAGGAUUCGGCGACCAAAGACUCCGGCAUUGACACGAGUAGCACGUUUACCAGUAGCGAAGACUCGAACCGUGGCGAUGGCCCAAAGAAUCCGCUAAGCUGGCAGGUAGUGUCAUCGUCGGACGGUGGCCGACCGAUCGGUCCAGCGGUGCAGCGAAGACCGUUUGACGGCGAAGAUGUGCUAGGGUUGAAAGUGCGCGGUGGCCAGGUGUUACCGAGCGAUCCCCGUGCAGCGCUCAUCGAACUGGAGAGUGCCCACAUUAGGCCAGAAAAUUACGAUCGCCGCGAUAAGCCCAGUGUGCUGGUUACCUCGCCAGGAUCGCCCGAUCUGCACAGUGUGCGUAACUACUCCAGCUCGCGGUACAGCAACCGGCUGGCACCGGCCGGGACGGUCACGCAAGAGAACAGUGUCGGCGGCCGGGUACAGAUCAAGCUCGGCUUCGAGCCCAGCUCACUGCAGCUGAUCGUGACCAUCCUGUGCGCCAAUGGGCUUGUGCCUCGCGGCAACGGUGCAGCACGCAAUCCGUACGUUAAGAUUUGUCUGCUACCGGAUCGAAGCGAAAAGUCGAAACGACGCACUAAAACGUUAGCCCUCACGAACGAUCCGCGCUGGGGCCAAACGUUCGUCUACGAAGGCUUGCGAAGGGCGGACCUAAAUAACCGUCUGUUUGAGGUGACGGUGUGGGAUUACGUACGGUACGGUGCGAAUGAUUUCCUUGGCGAAGUAAUAAUCGACCUGUCCACACACCCGCUGGACGAUGAGGCGGAAUGGUAUAUUCUUCAACCCCACCAGGAAACACUGCGCGAUACUUUGCGUAGAGACGAUAAAGAACCUGGCAACGAAUUGGAUAUGAUAUUGACCCCGACCGAUCAUUUAUCGCCGCCGAGUACGACCUCACGAUUGAGUGACUCUGAUACGACAUCCGAAUGCGAUAUAGAUGGUUUGAUGACCGGACGUGACGGCGCUAGUGUAUCAUCCUUAGGCAGCUCAUCUAGUCCUCCGCCAGAGGUCGAUCUGCAGGACAGACGAUCUAGACGGGAUAUGUCCCCGCAAGGCAGGAAACGAGCAGCUGGAAUGGUAGCGAAGGACUAUCGUACAGUUUCUGGUGUCGGACAGGGAUUUCACAACCAGAUGAGUGCAGAGGCAUCGUCGGCGUACAGGCGCAACGGUACGAUGGCGUUGAAUCAGCGAAGCCAAUCGGCGGCACCGAGCGACAACUAUCGGGACGAUCGGCGGGACUCGUUAUCGCCACAAGAUGAUAGAUAUACAGAAUAUCCAGUUCUUCCAUUGCAUCAGUAUGCGCCAAGAUUUCAAUCACGAUCAGCGACAGCGACACCAACCGGUUCACCGAAGAAACGACAAUUACCACAAGUACCUCACAUGUCACGGAAUGCAGCAAUACGGGAGCGGUUCAUUCAGGACUUUGAGGAGCGCAGUGGUGGACGAUUCGCGCGGCAUCGUGGCCGCCAGAGCCACCAUCAGCCGACAUACCGCAGCACGGGGAUGGGGGGCUGGGAGCGACACUACUCCGGACUGUCCGACAGUGACUUGACGACGCAUUCGUUAGAGAGUAGAAUUAGGCCACGGCACUCACUAUCUCCGGACAAGGAUUUUAUGGGUGACUUUGGCGAUUCCGACAUGGAAUCGGUAGUUAGUGUUACUUCAAGUGCUUUCUCAACCCAAUCGGAGCGACCGCGCGGAUCGAAAGGGAUCAGGACUCAUCAGAAUCGCCGUCUUCAGCACCGGAGCCUACCGACGGGAUGGGCAACGACCUCACUGUGCGCCCUGCCGAGUGAGUCAUACCCGUGCGGUGGUCAGCAGGUGAUGGCCGACAACUCGGGCAUACUGCCAGUGUUGCCGGAUGUAACGCAAGCCACAAUCAUUCCUCCCAAGCCGGAGUUUGAGCUAACACCUCCUGCUUGUACUGUGGUUGGUCCUUCCGUAGUUGGUAAUGCUAGUACCUGUAGCAGUUUUGUGUCCCCUUUGCCCGUAAGCAUUCCUAUCGAUUCCGUGCUAUCGGAACCGAUACCGAUCUCUCCCGCUCCACCCGAUAAGACAAUCUCGCAAAUGUCCGAUAUGGCUGGCAGCUACGGUUCCGUGCCCGUCAGUCAUGGUGGCUCCAUGCCUGAAGGGUACUUUAAUGAACAGUGCAUCACGCUGCAGCCGGAGCGUAGUACCAUUCGUAGUAUUUCCAUGAACCCGGGCAGUGACAACGUUAUGAGCACUUCGGUGAAUUUAUCCUCCAGCCAACCGGGAUGCCAACAUCCCGCGACGUCGUUUGAGUUUCAGUCGGGAUCACUUCCCACCGAGCAUUACUUUGGGCGUGCGAGAGCUCAUCCUACCGGCGGUGUCUCAAUGGACCCGAUCAUGUCCUCUUCGAUGCACGCCGCAGAUGGCCCUGGCACGGUUGAGUACGAACACUGUGCACCGUCAAUGGGACGGCGCCCAUCGUAUGCGAUGCGUUCCAACACCUCGGAACCGAACCUCAACUCGAUGAUCAUGCGACGGCUCUCGAACCGUCCCAUGGAGCAACCGCAUGCGUUUGGAUACGCGCAGCCGCGCAAUCAAAUGAUAUCGAUCUCGAAUCGGUACCAUCCCCAACCGCAUGCCGGCAUGGGUGGGAGCGACAUGGGCUCGAAGUAUGCUCCGCCACCGGUUGCCACGAAUCAGAUCAUUUUGAAGUCAUCUUUUUCCGAUCAGAAUUUGCAUAAUAGCAUCGUUUACGAGCCGGGCGGGAUGGGUGGCGGUACCGGAGGGCAGAAUAUUUGCAUUUCGAACAAGAAUGUGUACGAUCCGCACACGGGCUACCAGAAUCAGACCAUCACGUGCAUCAGCAAUAGUAGGGAAAAUCUGGGUGAAAGUAACUUCCGGUACACGAGCAAUCCGGAAGGCACGGUUUGUGAAAUCAAUGCACCGGAUGUGCAGUUUCGCAGUUCGCGCGCCUCAAACUUGUACGAGGAAGUUGCAAUGCCACUGGAGCAGGCAAGAGUGCCGAUGAAAGAAACGCUCUCGGUUGGUCGCAAUAUUGAUUGUGACGAGCAUGAGUAUGGCGUGAGCGACCUGGAGAUGCACCCCGACCAUAUUCUCAACAAACCGAUCGAGGUGCUUAAAUCUCCCAGCGAGUAUCGCUACUCGGCCUACCCGAAGAAGGUGACCGAGGACGCGUACGCGGUUAGCAGUGUCGUUCGCGGGAAGCCGGAGAAGAUCUCACGGUCACAUUCGUUGAUAGCGCAGGAUCAAAUAAUAGACAUUGAGUACGAUUCCGAUACGGGCUGGAAGACGAAAAGCGUACGGAAGAAUGUGUUUGCGAGCAGUGUGGAGGAGAAGGUGUACAGGAAACGGACUCGUUCGUUGGGAGGCGGGAACAGUGAAGAGGAGACUAAGGGCCGCAGGGACAGUCAGUGUGAAACGAAGAAGGUCACUCCAGUGCAGGGCAGGAAGAGUAGGAGCGGUUCCAAAGCUAGUCUAGAUCGUAGCAACUUGACGUUAAACAUAGUCAAGAAUGUCGACGCCGAAGAAUCGUCAAAAAAUCAGUCCGAAAAGGGCAAAAGCAAGAACAUAGAGAAACCCACAGCAACUGGGAAGCAGGGAGAGAAGGAAAAAUGUACGGCUGUGGCAAAGAAAGAAAAGGAAUCGAGUAAGAUCGGCAAAACCAGCUCCACAUCAAAGCCGGGAAUGGUAAAAUCAAAGUCGUCCACCGGUUCGAGUACACCGAAAAAGGGUACAAAAAGUCCGGCUAAAAGCGGGUCGGGUUCGAUUAAGAAAGCAGGUUCUUUGAAAGGGAAACAGACAAAAACGGGAGGAUCUACCCCAUCCAUUGCGAGUAACUCGAAGGUGAAAGUUACCGAGAAGCCUAACUUCAAGGAGAUAGAUACGAAAAAGUCCAAAUCCAAGCUGCCCUGUAAGAAGACGGACAGCAAGAGCCGUGUGGACGAGAUCAAGUCCGAAUCGACAGUGCUUUAUAGCAGUUCGGAAUCGAUCAAAUCCAUCAUCGAUGAGGUGAGGAUGGAACUGCUACAGAAGCCAAAGUCGACCGUUUAUCUGAGCGACGAAAGCCCGACCGUGCUGAACCGUAGCCACUCGUUCAGUGACGGCGAGCUUAACUACAGCAAACGCAUCCACGAUAGCUACGAUAAGUAUGAGUUUGUGGACGGUCGCAAGCACUAUCUGCUCAAGGAUGAGCGGUUGAAGCAACGGUUCACCGAUCGGUACGGGCAUGAAAGGGCGGUGGGAUACGAGAGAAGUACCGAUCGGCGUCGGGGUGACGAUGAGUACGAGCGCAGGGGAUGUCGCAUGGUACCGGACGGUGAGGAGGAUGAUCCGCGCCGACGUCCGGAAAUGUUUGCCAAGUGCAAAUCGCGCAGCUCCAGCCUGGUAUCGAACGAUGCAGGUGAGAUUCCGCUCCGGCGCAAGGUUUAUCACAGCGACAGUGCUGAAGAGGAGGACGAUGACGAUGGGCGGGAGGAGGAGGAAGAGGGUGACGAUGAGGUGUUUGAAAGUUCGUUCUCGCGGGGCCGGAACUCGUCGUUCAAUGGGAAGUCAUCGCUGAAGCGUAGGGCACGGUAUGAUACGAGGCGCACGAGUAGCUUGGAGGGUUUGGAUCAGUUUCUAGCCAACUUGCAGGAUCGUAAUCGUCGCGGGGGUCGCGACGGUGCUGGUAAAAACGAUAGCGUACGGCACAGCUCCGUAAGCAUUAACGAGAAGCCCGAAUACUUUGAGUACACCAAGUCUCCCUCCUCACCGUACUGCACCAGUAGUAGUGGCCGUGCUAGUGCUAGUAGUAGAAAACCCGCUAACUAUGCUUCCACUCUUUCCUCCAACAAAUCCUCCAAUGGCGUUGCGUUGCUGCAAACCACACCGAAACGGCCGUCGAUGAAAAAAUCUUCCAACAUGCCACCGGCGGUGGGCGAUGGUGGUGGCCGUGGGGCUGAUGGUAUCCGAUCCCGAUCGCACGAUCGUCACGCGGCAACCCGUUCCGGCUCGCCGUCAACUUCGGCCGGGCGCCUACCGGUGGACCAUCAACGCCGGGCCCGUACCACCCACAGUGACUACGAUGUGCGGGGCCGCAGCCGUUACGGUGGCCACAACGGAGGACGGGAAGCGUAUCGGCAGCGCGAUCGUGACCGGGACCGCGAUCGGAACAGUAGCGAUCACGAGCGGGACCGAGAUCUGAGCGAUCGAGAGCAACGGGAGUCGCGGGAGCGCGGCGAACUGGACCAAAGUCUUUCGAAUACCGAGGGAACACCGGAGGAUAAGAUAGACGGUAGCCUAAGUGAUACUGCAGUGAUACAGAGCUUGGAUGCACGACGUAAGUUGGACCAACGAUCGCCGAAAAGCGAAACGCCCACCAGGGACCGGGACCGGUUCGGUACCGGUAUGGGUAUCAAGAGUAACUCGACGUCGCAACUGUCGGCAACAGAUGAAAAAGGUCGUAAGCGACGCAUGGGGUUUGGUAAGCGUGGCAAGAAUUCCUUCACCGUGCAUCGAAGCGAGGAGGUGCUUCCGGGCGAGGUGCGCGGCGGCGGCGGUCUAUCGCGGGGCUCGUCCGCCUCCAGCGAUGGUGAAGGAAGUGCCGACGGUGACAGAUGGUCACCGUCGCUAAGAGUAGCGGGUGAUACCGGACCUUUAUCGGACUUCAUCGAUGGUUUGGGACCAGGACAGCUAGUUGGACGCCAGGUACUGGGUGCUCCGGCCUUAGGGGAUAUUCAACUGUCUAUGUGCUAUCAGAAGGGUUCCUUAGAGGUUGAAGUGAUAAGAGCAAGGGGAUUGCAGGCACGUCCUGGCUCAAAAGUACUUCCAGCGCCUUACGUUAAAGUGUAUUUAGUUUCCGGUAAAAAGUGUAUAGAAAAAGCAAAAACAACGACUGCUAGAAAAACGUUAGACCCACUAUAUCAGCAACAACUAGUGUUUAGGGAGCCGUUUGCGGGAUGUAUACUGCAAGUCACGGUAUGGGGCGAUUAUGGUCGUAUGGAAGGCAAAAAAGUAUUCAUGGGUGUAGCGCAGAUCAUGCUGGACAACCUCAACCUCUCACACAUCGUCAUCGGCUGGUACAAACUGUUCGGAACAACGUCACUGGUCAGUGGGCCACCUAGCUUGGGCCUGUCUAGAAGAUCCUCGAUCGCCUCACUCGAUUCACUCAAGCUGUAAAGCCACUAACUGAACCAUCACCAAACGAAGUUCUUCCUAUCCCAGCUCGCCACUAACUCCAUCAUUAUCACCGCUCUGACACUCGUUCUGUCGUCCUUGCUGUCCUUCUAUCCUACUAUCCUCUCACUAUUCUAUGUUGCUAUAGACCAAUCUAGACGAAUAGAUAUUGUUUAACACUACCGCACACAUACCUAUUUUGCUGCUUCUGCGUGUGUAAGGCGAAUAUAAUGUAUUGUGCAUUCUGCUGACACACUCCAGUGCUGGCUGACUGGCUGUUCUUACUCUGAAUCCUACUACUUUUAGUAUAAAGAAUAUAUUGUGUUUUCUCUUUAAAUGUUUAGAUAUUUGUUUCCUGUUCUAAUUGGUUUUGAAGUUGAACGGUCGAACGGUUGAAGCCUAUGUAAAAAAUGUUUUUGUUAUAGAUCAUUCGUUAUAGUGUAUAGAUUUGAGUCUUGGUUUAGUAUAAACUCUUAAGGCUGUUGAUCUGUUUAAAAGAAAAAAACAAGUUCAAGGAAUUAAUCGUUGACUUUCGAAAAAGUCGAAAUUAUUCAAAGAUCAAUUAAUUUCACUAAAAGUCACUGAGAGCAUGAUUAACUACAUGAUAAACUCUAAUCACAGCAAAUGUACUUAAAAUUUUGAAAUAUGAAGAAUAUGUUGAUCAGUUAUCCAGCACCAAGUCGCAGUAUUAUGGCAUAUGAAGUUCUAUCCUUAAAAAAGCCUAUAAAAGGCUCCAUCAUACAACUCCCCUCAAAAUUCUUAUCCUAACCCAUGCUCCACCAGGACAUCCAACACGGCGUACAUUGAAAGCCAGCACGCCGUAGCUGGUUAGCUUGAGCACAUUGUGCAUCCCUCACUAUCGCGAAUGUGCGUAGUCAAAUCUUAGCCGCAAAAAGUUCACGUAGCCACUAACAGUGCUAACAAUACAGAACCACUCACCUUGUUUUCCCACAUUCGGUAUCUCCUUUCUAGUAAGACAAACACGUUUCUAAACCUGAACUAUAACUAUGGAAUGGUAUGAGCACGUAUUUCAUCACCGCCCCAACGGACAUCGACAGGUGAACAACACUGGUCUUAUCGCAUAUAGAAAGUAAAUGCUACACACGAAAAAUGGAUAACAAAUCAAUCCAUUCACGUAUGCGCUAUCAAAACCAUUAACGGCCUUACAUACGCAAAGGGACACUUUGGAGCUAUUCACCAACGCACGGCUACGGUUGGGAUACAGUUUCGUUCCAGGAACUUCUACUGCUGAAUGUGGUCUGCAAAGAAAGACAGCAAAAUUAGACAAAACAUACCCGUUUGUGCGCGAUCGUGAUUGAUAUUACUUGUUUUAAUUCAUUCGUUCACGUACAUACUUUCAAGUCUUCUCCCGAGAAUAGAAAACGUGGUACGAAUAAACGAACACCAUAGAGCGCAAGAAUGACGACCUACGAAGUCCAAGCAUGUUUGAUAACAACUUAUAGACGGGGAAAGUAGGACACACGAAGAUCAUUCCACCAAGUGAAAGCUUGAAGAGAAAGAAAACCUAGAGGCAAUAGGAGAAGAAAAAAAAGAAACUCAAAUCUGUGAAUUUAUUAAAUUGUACUAUUUGAAACUAAACCAAAACAGACACAAAAAUAAUAUGGCAAGAAGCAGCUAACGAGUAAAUGCGAGAAUAAAGUUAUAAAACAAAUUAGACACGUAUAUGCUUCAGUAAACUGAUGCAUCGAAACAACAGGCAAACGAGAAGGAAACUGAUAGCAAUGAAACGAACGGUGUGAAAAACUCACCAAACUCGUGGAACUUGUGAGCUAGCGAUCGCAGAUGAUGCUAGUGGAUUUGUCGCGUUCUUUAGUCUGCUCAACAGCAAGCGAACAUUUUGACAAAUGUUUGAACUUUGGCCAAUGCCGUUAGUUCCGCAAGACGUUACCUGGCAUCGUAGGGCAAUCCGAACCGUCUCGGGACGGAAACAUUCACAAUGAACGAAGGAAGUACAAAAGCAAGCUUUUGCCUUUGGCAGGAUAAAGGGUAAGAAGAGUAGUGAACCGAUUGUACUGAAACGGUACUGUAUGAUGCUGUUAUCGUACUGUAGGAGUUAAAAAAGUCAAGCAGUUGAUCAAAGACAAGCAAACACCCAAAUCAGUAAAAAAAAACAUACACCCUUACAUACACACAGAGCAACAUUGUCAUACUUAACUUAUCAUAAAUGAACAAAGCUAAAGAAAUGAAAACAAAUAACAACUAAAAUCAACAUAUUGUUUGCCUUAGCUCUCGAAUAGACGCUGUUUGAAUAAACUCAUGCUUUCGAAAUCAGCUAUUAAACAAACGCGCAUUUACGCAAUAAGCAGUAUCAACUGAAUCGGACAGGUACUCCAGCAGAGUACAGAGUAAAAAAGCUUUGAGUCGCCCCAUUGCUUCAUGCUACGGGAGGAUUGUUAAUACGAUGCAUAGAAGCUAGAGCGCCGCGAGGAAAACCUCUUUGAACCGAGUGCAACCUGAGGAAUAGCUAUUACCACGGCAAGUAUGUAAGCGAGCAGAAAGCUAAAAGUUGCGUAAGAGUGUAAGCAUUAUAAGUAAAUUUGCCGGAAAGAAGGGAAUGAGAAACGAGCCAAAAAUCAUAUCUUUAUCAGUAAGAAAAUUCUUAGCAAAUAUUAAUACAAACGGAACAAAUGAGGAAAAGUGGAAUAAAACACCGACACAACCAGACACACACAUACACACACGUACACACAUAACAGAACCCAUACAAAUGGAAUAGGUACCAACAAAUCAACAUUAUAGGAUGCAGCACUUGUUUCGCUGAGUAUCAGAAACGAUAGGAUUAGUUAGGAGCAUGAAAUAAAAGGAUAUCGUUCGAGUCCUGAUUAACAAAUUACGCUAAAAGUGUAACGUUGUUUAUGCAAGAGAUGCAAACAAGUGAAGUAAGAGAUAGAGAGAGAGAGUUAGGGAAGAGGCGUGCAAUUGUAAAUGAUCACAUUUUAUGGUGCAAAUCAUCGCCAAGGGAAGUGGGAUGAAUCAAGGAUCGAGAGCAUUACGUAUGCGUGUGAGUUACGCUUUUGCUCUGGUUAGUUGCUUGAAUCUUGGCGCGCUAACGGUUGCAAUCGCAAUGGUGAUACUGAUCAAGCUCGAUGUGCAAGAAUUUAUUCCAGAAGCCAAGCUGGUUGCUUAGUAUCGUAAUCGUCUACACGGCUACACCAUCCGGGACGUAAUGAAAUGGUUCAUCUGUGUCCGUGGAAGGAUUUUAAUUUAGUUUUUUGAGCAUUUAUUAUUUGCAAUCCAAAUGUCAUACAUGCGUAUUCUACUCGUCAAACUCCAACAUUUGUGAGCUUUUUGAAAAGAACUAUUGCAUUUUGUUACGUUGAACCAGCGCUAUGGUUGAACUAUGUUAGGUUGAACCAAUAAAAAACAAUUUAACUUUUUGACAUAUGAUUUUCUCGUAGUUGAUUUUCUUUUCAUUCCUGCACAUUGAGGAUGAUUUGCAUCACCGAGCGAAGCUUAUAUGUAAAUAUAUACAGGAAAAACAGAGAGGUAAAGUCGAAGAGGAAGGUACAGGAAGAUAGAAGCUGCUUCAACUCCUGAAUAAUAUACUUAUCAGCAUAGCAUUGCACAUGCACAUUGAAGCAACCAUUGAGUACGGUUUUUCUUUAUAUCUUAUUAUCUCUCUCUCUCUCUUUCUCUUCUCUCAGCUCAUUUCUUCCCCUUUAAACAAAGCCUCAAAAUAUUAAAUUAUUAGGAACAACAACAUGCAACGAGCAUCAGCUGUCUUUAAACAGAAAAAAAUACAAAAAAUAAAUAAAAUAACAUAAAAACAAACAAACAAAACUAUUAAAUAAGAUCAACUGAAUGAAGGAAAUGUUAAGCAAAUAAAGGCAAGAAUGAUCGGUUGAGCAACAAGGGCAGCAAGCAGCAGGUGUAAAUAAGAUCAGGUUUCUACAGGGAACUAUAGGCGAAGCGAAUUCAUUAUCAUAUAGCCAAUCUCAGAGACAAAAAAUGGUUUGAAAAGACUCUCGAUGAAGGGGACAGAUCGUAAGGACAGUCGUUUGUUGUCAACCUGCGGUAAAGCAAUCGUCUGUUUUUGGUUGAUUGUUUUACCCUACGCUUGGAAACCUGGAACCAUUUCCUCUCCGUUCCUUUAGAUGAUCAAGCUUCAUGCUACAUGACAUAAACUGCAACAAAUGUUUGGUUUAGGAAUACCUUUCGGAAGCUUUGUAUUCUUGAUUUGUUAUCUAACUCACGUUCGAGCUAAAACAACGAAAGUAAGCAACCAUACUCUAUUUUCUCAAUGUUUGUAUAUUUAGCAGAAGUGAGUUGUUUAAAUGGUUGAAUAACUGCACUAAUGUUUUGUGCGGCAGCUUAUGACUAAAAUUGGCAGGUUGCAGAGAAAGUUGAUGCAGUUUGUUGGAUUGUUACCCCCACAUUGUCUGAUCCGUCCAGUGGAAAAUGGAUUAAUUUACGCCAAAUAACGGAAACUUAAACACAACCUUUUGCCACGACCGCUUGUGUGUGUGUAUGUGUGUGUUUGCGCUGCCUUGGAACACUCUUCGAGUGAUGAAGCAUAACCAGGACCAACCAGUUUUUCCUCCCAUUCGUACUUCAGCGGUAUGUUCAUGUUUAGUUUAUUUGCGAACUGAAGAUUAUGCAUCGCGUGAUGAGUCGAACGCGCGAAAUAAGCAUGUUGAAGAUGGGUUAAUAUUUUGUUUGACAAGAUUUACUUUACGUCGCAUUGUUGGUAUGCCUUUUUUGUGUUUCCUGGAACCGUAAUACGCUUAGUAAGGUAAGGAUUUGAACGUCAACAUGUUUACACAACCACUGUGUCUAGUCCAUGAUCUGGAACACAAUUGACGGUGUCGAAAGUUGUCAUGAGAGAAUUGGUGAAAUAAUGGAACAGAACAGUAUCAUCUGGAAAGUAUAAGGUUAUAAUUAUUGCUUUAAGUGCUUUGCAUUAUAUUACUAAUACCAAAUGCAAAUGAGAGGGAGAAAUAAAUAAGUGAAAAAUAACGAAGACAAACGAAAAAAAAAACAUAAUUCGAAAACAGCAAUUGAGGCCUAUUGACUAUGCAACAAAAAAAGAAAAGAAAAACAAAUGCAUGGUUUAGAACACAGCACUUGUGUUAUGCAUUGACCAGAACAAUGAUUUAAAAUUUUGUUCCGCUUGAGAGCUUGCUCGCUUAUUAUCCAGGAUGGCGUUACGAGGUGAUGCCAAAAAAAAACAUACGAACGUGAUAGACAGACAGGAAUGGUUUUGGUACGAAAGAGCAGUCGUCGCUUCUUCUGCACACUAUAGCAGUAUCUUAUGAAACGUUACACGUUAUGAAACAUUUAUGUUAGUGUCGAAUCAGUUGCUUGGAGCGUGCUAUUUUACCAUGUGAGCGAGUAUGUGUAGCCUUUUGAAAAGACGCUAAUUGCGAACCGAUCGUACUGCAUCGGAAAAGAUUAUGCAUUAGACACUACGCCUUCCUGUAAACGAUCAGACGGUGUAGGCACACGUACACGAAACGAUCCAGGGAUGUGGAAAUGUUACCACUAUAUCGAUUAUUUGCAUUUCGAUAGAAGUUUGAACAUAGACCAGAGAUCACGAACAACAUCAAAACAAAAAUAAAAUAAAAAUAAAAAGGGAGAGGGAAAGAAACGUAAAGCAAACAAGCAUGGCUACCCGCGUCGGUGUGACAAAAGAGUUCUUUGGAAUGUGAGAAAAUGUGUACGCUGAAAAUGUAUGUUGGGAAAUACGGGAAUAGAAAUGUUAGUAGAUAAAAAAAAACAAAUAAACAAACAAAAAGAUUGUUGAGCGACAUGAGUAAAGUAAAUUAAUUUACAAACAAUUGAUAUAAAAGAAUAUUAACAAAAUACAUCAAUAAUUGAAUCAACAAUCCAACCAACCAAGUGGAACACAGAAAACCAACCACAACGUUGCCCUCCCUGUUUUUCUCAUCGUCGACAGAAAACAGGGGAGUGGGUGGCGUUUGUACAAAGCUAGGGCAAAGGAAAACACAUGAAACAACUAGUACUCGUAGCUAAGAACCAAUGAAGUUAGACUGGGCGAAAAGGGUUAAAAAUGCAAGUAAAAAGUAAAUUUUAAAAUUAUUUUAUAUUAACUUAAGUAAAACAUACUAACACAUUCUCACGACACACCACAUAAACAUACAAACCAAACAAACUUUGCUGAAACAAUGCUGUAAGUAAAUGCUGAAAAAAGUCAUACACUUCACAUGGCCAGAGGCUACAUCCUUACUUCAUGUUUUUUUACACACACUUUUACACAUACACACACUUAUACACAAUUACACACACACUAGAAGCUAAUUGGAACAUCGAUAAAAUUAUACAUAAAACAUGAAACAACAUCAAGAAUCUGAACAAAACGAGCCAAAACAGAAUGAACUGCGCUGGAGUACGCGAAUGGUCACAGGUAUUUUACCAUCAUACAUUCAAAUUUUGCUGGAUGAUAACACAAGACAAACAAUUAACACACGUGUACUCUACCCUACACAUAAAAAGCGCCAUCACACAAAACUCAUUCCACUAGAGAGAACAAUCCAAAAUCAGUCACACUAGCCACACCGUCAAGAUAGUGCAAAACAUGUCACAUGUAAAUGCGGUUGUAAUGCGAUACAAGCGGAUAAGGAGCGGAAAUAGUAGCAACCCGAUAUAGAGAAUGAGAGGGAGCAAAAGAGAAAGAGAGAGAAAAAGAGAAAGAGAAAGAGAGAAAAGGGAUAAGAAACAGGAUAAUACAAUAUACAAAUGUAUUGUUAAACUGCAUUAUACUUACAGUGUCAACCGUUUACAGUAACAUGCACACUAUCAACGCGUAUACAUUGAACUCGUACACACAGAAGCAUGAACACAAAAUGAUGAAGGUGGAAAACAAAACAUACGCUGAAAGUAUGAACACAUAAAAAGAUAACAAACAACACAUGGUGAACGGACGACGAACAGACUAGACGCUGCUCUUGUGUGGUAGGAGCGUGGCGUACGCGAUUGAACGAGCGAAGGGUACGAUCGCAAACAUGAACAUAAUUCAAGAGAAUAUUGUAAAAUACAAAAAUUUCUAUUAUUAUUAAAACCAUAUAUAAAUAUACCGCAACAAAAAAGUAUAUAUAUAUAUAUUAAAGACAAGGAAAAAACUGUAUCCCCUCUCGGCUAAGAAAAUGUCGAGAAACGACAAUAAAACUGUGAGAAUGAAAACGAAAUCAA